GCAAGCCGAGAGCGAGGAAGGAUAUUGAAAGUCCGGUGUAGUCUCGACUAACCAUUUUUCCCAUCGUCAAACGGAUCAAGCUUUUUGUGAGACAUUGGAUCGAUCACAAAAAGCGGGAUUCGCUUUUCGUCGAGGAACAUUUGGCCGGGCGCAGACAACACUUGCAACCAUACUCGCAACGACGGGAAAAAUAGUGUCGAGAGCUACUACCUAAACGCAAAGAUCUCUUUUUCGCUCAGCACACAUACCAAUAGACCUUACUGUAACCUGACUGUAACCUACCACUUAUACCAACGAACGAAAAUAGUGAAAUGGAUGAUUUAAGCAGACAGAUGCAAAAUACUAAUAUGAUGGAUGGUGGAAUAGAAGACUUACGUCAGGUUAGUGGAAAUAUGAUUGUUGGAGGUGUGGUUCCAAAUCAUGCCAACAAUGUUCACCGUCGAACCAAAACCAGAGUCACAAUGCAUGCAUUAAUGUCUGAGGCACUGCCACUUGAUGAAGCUGCUAGAUUAGAGAUGAAAGCUUUGCCUAGUAAGACACCUGUAUCUGUUUUGCAAGAAUUAUUAUCACGCAGAGGCACAACACCCAAGUAUGAACUUGUACAAAUUGAGGGUGCUAUACAUGAACCAACAUUCCGCUAUCGAGUAACUGUUGCUGAUGUUGUUGCAGAUUCACUUAUUUCAGCCAUGGGAACUGGUAGGUCCAAGAAAGAAGCAAAGCAUACUGCUGCUAAAGCUGUGCUUGACAAAUUAAUUGGAGCUAAUAAUGAAAAUUCUGAGACUCCAAUACCAAACAGUAUUUCUGAUAGUGAAAAUUUUUCUUUAAGUUCUCAAAAUAUACAAGAGAUUCAAAGUGGCUAUGGAGGUGAAGAAAAAGUAGUGAACAAUCCAAUUGGCUCACUUCAAGAGUUAUGCAUGUCUCGCCACUGGCCACCACCCAAGUAUUCAAUGGAAGGUGAAGAAGGUCUUCCUCAUGAGAGACAGUUUACUAUUGUUUGUACCAUUUUAAAGUACCGUCAAGUUGGACAAGGCAAAAGUAAAAAAUUAGCUAAAAGGCAAGCUGCACAUAAGAUGUGGCAAUCCUUACAAGAGAUGAAUAAUGCUACUCAUACUCCAGGAGAAGAUGAUGAGAUUGUGCCGAAAAAUGCGAAUGUGAGCGCCCAUUUCGCGGAUUUAAAAGAUAGUAAAAUUGCAACAUUGACAACACCUCAUAGUCAUAAAGUUUCCCAAUUUCACAAGAAUUUGAAAUCUUCAACUGGUGUAAAACUUUUUGAACUCCAACAUACUUGCCUGAAUGAUGGGGAUGUAAAUUUGGUACAGUUCCUGCAAGAAAUUGCUUCAGAGCAACAGUUUGAAGUUACUUAUGUAGAUAUUGAGGAGAAGUCAAUUAGUGGGAAAUGCCAAUGUCUUGUCCAACUGUCAACGCUCCCAGUGGCGGUGUGUUACGGCUCUGGAAUGACAAGCAAAGAUGCUCAAGCCUCGGCAGCGCAAAACGCUCUGGAAUACUUGAAAAUCAUGACCAAAAAGUGAGCCAGCGCUUCGCUCUUGCCACUCGCCACCAUCAGUUGCAAGUCCAACGACAACGUUUUAUCGAAAAAUCAAUUGAACAAUACCCGUGCGAAUAUUUUAUACAGCAACAAUGAAAACUCCUCGAAAACUGUCAAAAACGAGUCGGAAAAUAGUAGCCAUCAUCAAUUAUAUCAAGCUACGUCGUCGAAGCUUCACCCACGUGCAGUGAUCAACAACGGCUCAACUGAGAUGAUAUUCAACUCAACUAGUAGUGCAGCGAGAAAUAAUAAGAAGAACAGCAAUGUGAUCAACGAGAAUGGCAAAGUCAAACCGAACAUCGGUAGAUUCGGUGGUGACAUAAAAAAUUCUGCCGGUAUUCCGUCCGACGAUCAGGCCAGGUCUAAAGAUUACAGUGGUAAAAAAAUUACCAAUGAUUUAAGCUCGAAAUUCAAAAAUUAUCAAUUCGAAUACAGUAAGGAUAACUCGAUCAAUCAGCAGGAUUACAAAGCAAGAUCAGUGGCCAAUGUAGCUGCUCGAAUCUCUAAUCAAAUUUCGUCAAAUUUUCAGCGAGAUAAUAAUCAAACAUACUAUCAGCAGGACGAAAAUAAAACCAAUUCCAACAGCAUCUAUACGGUCGCUCGUAAAACUUGGGAUCAGCAACCGAAAACUGCACCAGUUAAUUUUCCUCCUCUUCGAGCUCCCCAAAGUAUCGUCAAUGUACGACAUCCCUUUGUCACCGAGGCUCGAGUAAAACACAACGAGACCAAUGGUUUAAAAUCCAAGUCGCAGUUAAAGGAUACUUAUAAAUUUAGCAGCUCUACUAUGAUGUCAGCAUAUACACGGCCUGAUUCCUUUCCUCAACAAACUCUAGCCUCGGUAUUGUUUUCGGAUGCUGGCCAGUAUUCUCAAUCGGCUUCAUCGUACUCAGCCAACCAAUUUCAAACCUACGAUCAUACGGCGAGUUACCAAGCGAUACCGCCGUUUUCUGAUAAUUCAAUGCCCUUCACGCAAUAUGAAAAUCCAAAUUUCGUACAGCCGAAUCAUUAUCCGGCCACUGAUCUAACGAGCAAUCAAUUCCAGUAUCAUACGCCAGGUGUUGCUCAUCCGCAAGACUCGACCAUGUUUAUUCAAAGUCCUAUUGCCAUGAGCGAACAAUAUGCCGCUUCAAAUUAUGCACGAACUAUGAGAACUGAAAUGGUGCAUAGACUACAUCGACCAAACAAGUUUAACAAUUGAUGAGUUUUCGUGGAGAGAUUGUAACUCUGUAUUAUGCAUGCGCUGAUUUCCUAAUUAGAAAAUUCCAUUGGAAACUUGAGAAAUUCUUUAGCGCCGAGGAUUUCCUACAUAAUAUGAGUAUAUUGAAUAUAGUAACUUUAAACGACAAUUCAAUCGUGACUAGUCAAUGUAGAUAUUACACAAAAAAAUGAUGGUGUUUUUGAUUCUAAAUGCGUUUAUUAUAAUUUGGUUUUCAAUGAAGUGUUCUAUUUAGGAGUUUUAAGAAAAGGAUUUGGUGAAGAUUAUUUCAAUCACAGAUCCAUAUUGAAAUAAGUUUCACCCAAUGUCCUUAUGAUUCUCGAGCACGUUUUUGUAUUACAAACUAUCGUUGGCUUGGGUAUGAAGAGCAAGAUAAGGCAGAAAUUUUAUUAAUUUUUAAAUUGAUUUAGAAGAUGCAUAUUAUAUAUAUAUACUUUUUUUUAGAGUUAACAGAAAGGAAAGUUCAAACAAAAUUUAUUCUAAUAACGUAAAUGUAAAUACUUGAAUAGAUUUUGGCGACCAAGAACGAAUCAUUGUAGAGGUUAAGAUUAAAAAAAUUAACACUUUCAUACAAUUGAGAACUAUUUCGUGUAUUUAUUAAAGCAAGUUAUAGAUUUUACUUUGAUUUUAUACUCUUUUUUUUUUUUUUUUUUCUUUUUCUUUUUUUUUUUAAUGAUAAAACGAAUAUAUCAGAGAAUGAUGAUACAUUCUAACAUUUAAGAUAUUCAACCAGCUUUACACAAUAAAAUAGAAUGAGUGAAUACGAUUGAAUAAUUGUAUGAUUUAGCUUGAAAAGCUGUAUUUUGUAACAUUUCCGCGGAGGGAAAAAUUACGAAACAACUGUAGUAAAUAGAUUUUACUAUUUGCAACAUCUGUUAUUCUUUUAGAAUUUUUGUUGUUGCUAGUUGCCAAAAAAUUAUGAAAUCUUAUGUAGGACGAAAAAAAAAUAAAAAAAAUUAAAAAAGUAAUGCAAGAGUUUAAGAUUACUAAGCUCGCAGUUGCGAGAAAGUCUGAAACGAUGAGACAUUAUACUUCAAUUCUAUUGAAUGUCAAAUUUACAUGUAUUUGUAAAUAUGUCAUUUGAAGGGUCGAAGCGAUACUAAAUUUCUACUAAUAUACAAAUUAAUGCUGUAAUAUUGAAAGUUACACCGUAGCUUAUUAUAUAUAAAAAAAAUUACUUUAAAAAACUUUGAAGUUUCGAAACAAAGUUAAAUAAAACCGUGUCGUAGGCACUCUUAGCUCUAGGCAGCAGACAUUAAAGAUCUUUCUCGUGAUUUUUCAGGACAUAUGGAAAUAAAAAUGACACUAAAAGUCCGAUUAUUCCUUUUUCUAAUAAGUAACACUGUGAUGUGAUUUGCAAAAUGCUACCAAGGUAGCUCUAUUGCAAGAAAAAAAAACAUAGAAAAAUAAAAUUAAUCGCUGGAAUCUCGCAACAAUGGUCUCGAUUGGAAUACGGUGAUAAUAAUAAUAAAAUUUAUUAAUAAUAUUACGAUGGUGUACGUUUUUCUUUAGUAAUAUAGUGCAUAAACUCAUAAGCAUCACAAAUAAUGUAUCCGUAAAUUUAAUCUGUAAGAACUUCAAUCUUACAGCGGAUUGUAUAGCCCAGUAUACUAAACUACUCGUGUAUAUUCUAAUGUCGAGAAAAGACAUUGAUAAAAAUAUACCUUGAUUAUGAUGAGACAAAAGCGUUGGUUGUAACAGCUUAAAAAAAGCAAAUGAAUAAAUGAAAUGAAAUGUAAUAAGAGAAAUAAUUACUCCAAAGUAAAUAUUAAAUUCACCUUACUAGUCUUAUUUGUUUCGUAUUUCAACAGAGCUUUUAAAUUGCAGUAAAAAUACGCAAUUUUGCAAAUCAAAAUUGUAUUAAUGCGAGAGUAGUAGAACGUGUUAUAACGUUCUGUUUAAAUGUCACUAGAGUUUAGAAAUUACAUAAGAUUUGAAUUGAAAUGCAUAAAAAUAACAAUGAGCUACAGAAAAAUAAAUUCUUGUGGUUAUUAUAACAUCUUUUAUGAUAAAGAAUGAUAUGUAUCCAGAGAAAAGCAUCACUUAUAAAUACGAAUUGUAGUAUGAAAAAUAAAAGAUGAAUGUAUUAAGUAGCGAGAAUUGAAAAUUAUUAUUUCUAUUUGUCGUAAGUUUGCUAUAUUAACUAACAUGUCGAAAUUGUUAGUUAAAUGUAAUACAAAAUUUUGCGUAAAUAAUUUUUAGUUCCAUUAAAGAUUUCUAGUAGUAAAUGCUUAUUUGACUAGAAUAAAAAAGAAAAAUGCAUAAUUGUGAUCGAAAUGUGAGGACUCGAUGGACUGAUUCUACAGUCGGCGAAACAAUGAAAAAUAAUCAAGAAAUUAUACGUAAGUAAAUGAGAGGAGAAAAAGAAAAACAAAUUGUAUUCAUGUUAUCAGCAGUCUUCCGCGAAGAUUGCAGAAAACAUUUUAUAUUUUUUAAUGAUAAGAGAAAAAGAGAGGAAUAAAGUUGAAAAGGAAGUUGAGACGAAAUGAAAUUAUGCGAAUCGCUAUAAUAACGCCUAACAAAUUAAUGUGCGCGAACUUAACAAAGUGGCGAAAAAUAAUUCAUCGAGAGGUAAUACAAAAAAUAAGAUAGGAUCAGGAAGAAAAGGAGAGAAAAUACACUAUUCCUCCUCUGUAGCAGAGGGCUCGAAUUUUUCUCCCUUCGUCUUUAUUGUCCAGAAACAGCGCAUGUAUUAUUAAUUGUACUUUCUUAAAUAUUAACUAAUGUAUUUAAAUUGUGAAUUGCGUUGUUUCAAAUUGUGAAUUUAAGAAGCGUUUCAAUUACAUUAACCGAUAUAUCGAUAUGUCAAUGUGUUUACGCCAACUUGAUCUUUAAAAAUUUGCAUUGAGACACUUAAUACAAGAAUAGUUUAAUUUAUCCAAAAUAAAUUAUUCUUGCAUUUAUUUAAUUUUACUAGAACAUUUUUUGAAGAAUCUUCAGUAGAAUAUUCAAAAUUUCCAAUGUAAAUUAUUUAGAUCAUACAAAAUCACAUAAAUUGAAUUCGUUGUACGAAUUAUGUGAAUGAGUAAGUCAAUGAUUGUCUAAGAAAAAAAGAACAAUAUAAAGGUACUCAUUAGAAAAGUGACCUUCGAAAUACACCGUGAAGUUCAAGAAUUUUAUAUGCGUCGGUUAUUACUAAGAGUUUUAGAUUUUUUUGAACGCUACAUUUUUAUGCAGUUUGAUUCAUAUCCAUUGUAUUUUUUCUUAAUCAAUAUUAAUCUUAAAUUGAAAAGGAUUAAAAGGAUAAGAAAUCUUUCUUGAGUCUAUUUCGCGAUAUUCGCAAUAGUUCCUUGGUAUAUUUUGAGCGCUAAAUCUAGAAGACGAUAACCCUUUUAUAUUUGAAAGAAGGCGUCCGAGGCGUUGUUUUCUUUUUUCCCUUAUUUAUUUUAUCCUUUCUUUUGGCUUUUCUUUCGCCUCCUCCGUAUAUGAUCAAAUGGAAUCUUGACGAUAAGGAAGUGUCAGUCGCAAAAAACGCAAGAUUUAUAUGUCAAAGGGGAUAAGAAAAAUAAUACUAUCACAUGGACAUGGCAUACAGAUAACGACUUGAUGAGAAAUGAAAAAAAUCAUAAAAGAAAUUACGCGAAUCAUAACAAUAAGUCAGCAGAUAACAAAGGCCCUUUCUAUACACGUGUUGGGUACCUAGAUACUUAUAAUUAAUAAAGGUUGUUCUAUGUAUGAUGUGCGUGUAACACUGUUAAUAAAAUACUGAUGCUUAUG